AUGCGUUCAUCUUCUCUUGUCGCUGUUACUGUCCCGCUCGCUGCGCGAGCCGUUGCUGGUCAAUAUGACGACUGGAAGUUCGGCAACAUGUUCAACCUCGGCCCGGCCAAGAGCGCCAUCACCAAGGCGACUUACACUCUGAUUCCCCCUUCCAUCCCCUGCGGAACCGUCGUGUCGAACAAGAACAGCCAGCCGUGGAUGUCCAUCUGGGUUGGCAUUUCUCAGUCUCUGAGCGACCAGGGCACGGAUCUGUUCCAGCCUUUGCUGAACUGGGCUCCGAACAACGCUCAAGAGGGAUGCCCAGCUGCCAAUGACGCUUGGUGCGUCGCUGCGAGCACUUUCACUGGAUCUGAGCAGGUGGCUCAGGAAUAUGUUGCUAUUCCUAACAAGUCCAACGUCGACUUUGAACUCACCUACGAUUCCUCGAAGGGUGUGACCCAGAAGGUCUACAUCAACGGCGCUCUUGUCUCCCAACAAACCGAUAAGGACAAGAACAGCAAGCCUCCUACCUGGAUCUACUCCAGCAACGAGUGUUACAGUGGCGCUUGCGGAACCCUUGACGCAUACACCUGGAGCAACCUCACCGUUACCCUCAGCGAGGCCGACUCUGCUUUCGGCGAGACUCUCCAGCUUACCGGAGCCACCUCCAGCGGUGUGAAGACCACUGAUAAUGGCAAGACCUGGCAUGCCGACUCUAUCAAGAUCAACGAGGACUACUUCUACACCGACGGCUCCAAGAAGCAGUGCUGA